AUGUAUUCGUCAUCAUACACAAUAAAAUUUAAAAAAAUUUAUUUAAUUAAUCAUUAUUAUUAUUGUUUAUCAUUAAUCAUUAAUUAUAUAGAAAUUGAUACAACUACUACUAUUUCUAUAACUAUUUUUCUUUUAUCAUCAUCACCAUUAUCAUCAUCAUCACCAUCAUCAUCAUCAUCAUCAUCAUCAUCAUUUUCACCAUCUUCAUCAUCAUCAUUAUCAUCAACGAAUGUUGUUAUUAUAAAAUCGUUAUUAUUACCUCAAUUUCAAUAUCAUCAAAUUUUAGAACAAUCAUUAUUUUUUUCAAUAAUCAGUCUGGAUUCGGAUACGACAUUUAUUUAUAGAGUCAGUGAAUAUCUGCUCAAAGUAUAUCCGGUGAUUAUGUUAAUAUUAGGUGUAUUUGGUAAUGCACUAUCAUUUUGUGUACUCAUUCGACAAUCUAUGCGUCGUUAUUCAACAUUUUGUUAUCUUGCUUGUUUAGCACUUGUCGAUAUUGGUGUGAUAUUAACAUUUUGUAUUAAUUUUAUUUUAUUAUAUCAUUUUAAAUAUGAUAUACAAGAUAAAGCAUUUGCAUGUAAAUUAUUUGCAUUCUGUAUAUAUUUUUUACCACAAUAUUCAUCAUGGUUAUUAGUAGCUGUGAGUUUUGAUCGUGUUAUAUCAGCAAAAUAUUUAAAAUUAGCUAAAACAUGGACAAGACCAAAACAAUCAUUAUCUAUAAUGAUUGUUCUCGGUAUUACAUUAGCACUUUUAAAUAUACAUUUUUUCUAUUAUAAAAAUAAUUCAAUACAAUUAAAAACAAAAAUUAGUACCACAACACUAUCAACUAUAAAUCGAAGUCGAUCAAUUAGUUAUGAACCACAGCUUGACCAUUUUAAUGAUGAACAAACAUCAUCUGCAUAUGAUUCAUUAUCGUUUACUAUUCCCGAUAAUGGUCAGUUAAAAUCAUAUUAUACUGAUACAACAUUAGCAUCUAUUCCAUCAAUAAAAACAUCAGAAAAGAUUAUUGUUGCCGGUAAUGACGUUAAAAUAUCCGAUGUAAAUAUUAUUCAUUGUUCAUUGGAAAACGAUCCAAAAUUAAAACAUUUAUAUCCAUAUUGGGCAUGGAUUGAUCUACUUAUGAAUGUUAUUAUACCAUUUACAGCUAUGAUUGCAUGUACAAUUGCCAUUAUUUUAACCAUUUUACGUUCAAGUCAAAAAUCCGGUUCAACAUCGGCCCAUCGUUCGCGUCGUCGCCGAAAUAUUAGUGUAAUGUUAGUUACUGUUAAUUUAGUGUUUAUUACCUUAACAGCUCCCAUUGUUAUCUAUUUGAGUGCACAUGGUAAAUUAAGAGAUGAAAACAAUGAUUAUCGUACAAUUAUUUUACGUUUAAUUAAAAUUCUCUGUAUUAUAUUGAUGAAUUUAAAUCAUUCAGUUAACAUUGUUAUUUAUAGUGUGACAGCUAAAGAAUUUCGUACAGAAAUGACAAAUUUUUUACACGCUGCACUAUGUUGUAUUAUUGGCGAUGGUUCAAAUGAACAGUAUAAUGAUGGUAGUUUUGUAUCACGAUUAAGAACAAUUCGACAUAACAUGUUCAAUUGUUGUGGUCUUAAAGUAAGAGUUUAUACAGCGAAUGCUACGGAAAGUAGUAAGACAAAUUAUCAUACUAAUAGCAGUAAUCAUCAACCAGUAAGAAAAAAAGCAACACGACGAAAUCGAUGUGAUAGUACAGAACGUGAACAUAUUGUUAGAACGAGUGAUAGUGCAUGUUUAACAAAUAAAUCACAUCGUUUAACUGUCCAAUUACACCAGAACGAAACAUCAUCCGUAUACGAAAAAGAAAUAUCAUUUAGAGGAUUAUCUAAUUCAACAGAAGAUUAA